AUGGCAUCUCUCGGGGAAACUCUUGGUGCAAUCGAGCUUGGAGUCUUAUUCGCAGCAAUACUGUACGGGGUAUUGCUCGUGCAAGUCCACAACUACUAUCAGCAGCACUUCAACGACGGGAUCUGGGUCAAGGGUUUGCUGACUGCUCAUAGGUCGAUCGAAACUGCUCAUAUGGCUUUCAUCAUCGUCUACAUUUAUAUCGUUACUGUCAAGUACUUCGCCGACGGUGCUUUCGCAUGGACUGGGUAUGUAUGGCCAUUAGCGUAUUCAGUCACGUUUGCCAAUAUCAGCGCAGCACUUGUCCAGGGAUUUUUUUCUUAUCGGAUGUAUAUGCUAUCCAGGCGGUGGUACCUCCCUCUGUUCUCAUGGACUUUCAAUAUCAUUCGAUUGGGAAGCGCAAUCGCCGCCAGCGUCGUCGCCACAAACACCGGAGACCUACUCUCAUUUUUCCAGGAUCACGAGCUGUUGAUUCUUUUGGGCCAGGGUUCUGGUCUUAUCGUUGACAUUUUCAACACUGUCUGUCUUUGCAUUCUUCUUUGGUCUCAUCGGCGUAUUUCCAACAGAAAUAGGGGGACUAUUGAUAAGUCAAUCUUAUGGACCGUUGGUACGUACUCCUUUUCGUUGAUGGGUAUGCCAGUUGAAUGCUGA